UUGCCUCAGCAGGUGUGAAGUGUGUGCUUCAGUGUCGUGGGAGACUUGCGUCCCCGAGAGGGAGGGGAAAGGUUAAAACACUCCUUGAGUGGGGUUGCCGGGUCACUGUCGCGGAUUUUCAGAGCCUGCUGGGCGGCGCCAUGGCGGAAAGAAAAGGAACAGCUAAAGUAGACUUUUUGAAGAAGAUUGAGAAAGAAAUCCAACAAAAAUGGGACACUGAGAAAGUGUUUGAGGUCAAUGCAUCUAAUUUAGAGAAGCAUACCAGUAAGAACAAGUACUUUGUUACAUUCCCAUAUCCGUAUAUGAAUGGGCGUCUUCAUUUGGGACACACGUUUUCUUUAUCGAAGUGUGAGUUUGCAGUAGGGUACCAGAGAUUAAAAGGAAAAAGCUGUCUGUUUCCCUUUGGCUUACACUGUACUGGAAUGCCUAUUAAGGCGUGUGCUGACAAGUUGAAGAGAGAAAUAGAGCUGUAUGGUUGCCCCCCUGAUUUUCCAGAUGAAGAAGAAGAAGAGGAAGAGAUUGAUGUUAAAACAGAAGAUGUAGUAAUUAAGGAUAAAGCUAAAGGGAAAAAG